AUGAAGCUGUUAAUACUGAUUGUAUUUGUCUUCAUUUUUGUUUCACUAAUUGAAGCAAAACGGAAGAAGCAAAAAAAACCACCAAAGGAACAGGUGCCUACAAGUCCGACAUGCACAAAGAUUGACAUUGAUCGACUUUUUGAGAGGGUGGCUGUAUUCCAAAAUGACACACAGAUGUGUUGCAGGGAGACCAAAGCAACUGCGCAAAGACUCCAAACUGAUAUUACUAAACUACAGAAUGAUGUUGGAGAAGUAAAGGACCAUGUCGGUAAAGUACAGAGUGAUGUUGAAAUAAUAAGAAACAAUUCUGUGGUUUUGGAAGACAAUGUUGAAAGCCUGAAAAAUGAUUUUAAUGAAGUCAAAAAUGAUGUUACAGAAGUGAAGAACAACGUCGAUGAAGUUCAGAAUGGUGUUAAACAAGUAAAUGACAAUCUCAGUGAAGUCCAAAAUGAUAUUGAUGAAAUGAAUGAUAAUCUUGGUGAAGUUCAAAGUGAUGUUGAGGAAAUGAGGGACACUAUCGAUGAAGUCCAAAACGAUGUUGGAGAAGUAAAAGAAGGUCUCGGUGAAGUUCGAAAAGAUGUUGAUGAAAUGAAGGACACAUUUGAUGGUGUACAAAAUAACAUUGAACAGAUGAAAAAUGAUUUCGAUGACAUUCAAAACAAUGUUCAAGAAGUGAGAAAUGCCUUUGAAAGCAUGCGAAACGAUAUAAUAGCUCUGAUGUCUGAAAGACUUGGGAAAUGCAAUGAUGUUACGGAAGGUGAUGGUUCUGACAAAAGCAAUGCAACCUCAAUCAUGUCGAUGCAGAUGAGUACGACACCACCUGCUUCAACUGCGAGCAGUACAACAACUACGACUCGACCUCGUGGUAAGACAACUACCAACCCCACCGAUGUUCCUCCAGCAAUUAAGAGUGGUGCCACAGGGGUGGUCGACGUAACGUCUCCUGUUAUAUAUAUAGAUCCUACUUUUACUCCAACAAUUAAGAGGGAUGCCACAAGGGUGGUCGACGUAUCGUCUCCUGUUAUAUAUAUAGAUACUUUUACUCCAACAAUUAAGAGUGGUGCCACAAGGGUGGUCGACGUAACGUCUCCUGUUAUACAUAUAGAUCCUACUUUUCCUACAACCCCGACUGCGCAUGCGUCUAUCCCAUCGAAUUUUCCAUUCCAUACCGAUGUUACCCAGCCCUCUCAGAGGGCUACGACUGGAUCUACAGGACUUUACAAUUCCUGGUGGAAGAAGAUGUUCGCCGGGAGGCGUCGUAAACACACUAAAUAGGUGUAAAAUAGAGACCCCAUGAUAUAUCGAAGUAGUGAUAUAGUUCAUUAAUUUGGUGUGUGCAGCGGCUUCUACAGUAUUUUCUUCCGACUAACAGCUGGUUGGCCACAAUUUUGAACACUUAUUCCAAUAUCUAUCUAUUUGCUAAAUAUUGAAACACUGACAUUCGAAGAGUUACCGAGAUGCAUAUGACCUGGGGCUCCUAAUGUAAAGCCCUUUAAAAGCAAAAACACUGAGGCUUGGCAUAUUUAACUUCUUCAAAACAGAGGACCAAACUAGAUCAUAUCAACUGGGCAACAAUAUCACACCGGAAUAGCCUGCUACGGUAAAGUCAGAUACCGUUGUCACAAAUGGCGGACAUAAUCGUCGCU